GUCGAGGAGAGAGAGCACGUCGUCGUCGCGUUGCACGAACAUUUAUCUCAUCACUCUCUUCUCCCAAUAGUCCAUAAGCAAAAAAAUGACAAAAAACAUGCUCAUCGACGCGUUUAGAGUUUGAAUCGAUUGAUAAGUGAGCGUCCGACUUAUCGUUCAACAAAUCGAGCAGUGUUUCGCGAUCGAUUCCAUUCAGGAAUAAUAAAUAAAAGUGAUUAAUAUAUUUGGUGCAUCCUCGAGCUUGUUACAUCGGAGUGGGGUUAUAUACCGCAGUUUUGACGGGCGUUCGGCGUUAGAGCGAAAGAAAGGAGAGGAUAGAAGAAAAAAAGAGAGAAAAGCGACCGUAGCGCUACGGGACUGCGCUACUAUAUCCAAGUAUAUUAUCAAAAUCAAUGCAAUAGUGCGGUGUUUCGAGGGACUUGCUCGUCUGGAGGUUUGUGUGUGCCGUCUCGUUUUUUGUCUUUCUUUCGACUUUAUCGGUGACUCUCCUGUAACUCUCCUUACCACUUAUACACAACAUACGGUAACUUGACGCACACACUUACAUGCGAAUUUACAUUCCCCCUACAUGAAUGUGUUCAAUUUUUAAAGAAUAAAACAAAAACAGCACGAUGUCCAACGGAGUUACAAUGCUGGGAAACAAUCAGGCGGCGCUUCGAAAAAUUAGUGCAAUGUCCGUUGGUCCUCCAGGCGGUACUCCAGGUGCGACAGAAGGACGUCAAGGAAAGCACUCCGCAGGUAUGGAUACUAACUCGGGACACACUGGCCUCAAGAGACACGCCGAUUGUGAAGCCGAAGGUCCGCCAGUGCCGAAAAAGAGGCACAAGAAUCCACAGCCAAAAAACGCGGUAUGCGCAUUAAACGAGCUGAAAACCGGAGCUAUAUAUAAGGUGGUUGGACAAACGGGACCGACACACGCGCCGAUAUUCACGAUUGCGGUGGUGAUUGAUGGACAAACGUACGAGGGCAAAGGACGUACGAAGAAAAUGGCGAAGCACGCGGCUGCUGAAUUGGCGUUACGAAGUAUCGUGCAAUUCCGUAACGCGCCCGAGAUACAUCAGGCGUUAAAUCCCUGCCAGGCGAUACCGCCGCUCGAGCCCGAUUUUACGAGCGAUGUUACCGAGCGUGACAAUCAUUUGGUAAAUGCCUUCAAAACGCUGUCCCAAGAGCCGAAAAAUUCAAGUAAAUUCAUGGACAAAGGACCUGUCGCCCUCAUCAACGAAUUGUAUCCUGGUGUCGUUUACAAAUGUAUCUCGGACAGUGGCGAGAGUUACGCCAAAUUCACGAUAGCUGUUACGAUCGACGGAGAAACUUUCGAAGGGACCGGACCGAGCAAAAAAUUGGCAAAGGCCGCAGCUAGCAAAGCUGCACUCGCCAAAUUGCGAAACGUUCACAGCUCCUCCUUCUGUAUACCUUUACCCGUUCGCAUAUUGCCAAACUUUUCUAAUUCUGGCCACUCCCACGAACAACUCAGUCUACCGCAAAUGUUGGCUGAUAAAAUCGGCAAAAUGGUCAAUCAAAAAUUCACCGAGCUCAUGCAAACCAAACCCCAGCAUGCCAGGCGCAAGGUACUCGCUGGCAUUGUUCAAACCAAAGGACAAGAGGCUGAGCUCAUUUGUGUCACCACUGGUACGAAAUGCGUAUCCGGUGAGCAUUUGAGCGUGAGCGGCGGAGCGUUGAACGAUUGUCACGCGGAGGUUGUGGCGCGUCGUUGUCUAUGCGAGUAUCUCUACCGGCAAUUGGCUCUGCACACGGAGAAUCGGAGCGAGGAUUCAAUAUUGGAAGCAGCGAAGAAGGGCUACAAGCUGAGAGCGGGUAUACAAUUUCAUCUGUACAUAAAUACGGCGCCGUGUGGAGACGCAAGAAUUUUCUCACCUCACGAGGAAAACGAGUCGGUCGACAAGCACCCAAACAGGAGAGCGAGGGGUCAAUUGAGAACGAAGAUCGAGUCCGGGGAAGGCACUAUUCCGGUUAAGAGCAGCGACGGUAUUCAAACUUGGGACGGAGUACUCAUGGGCCAAAGACUGCUGACGAUGUCGUGUUCGGAUAAAAUAGCUCGGUGGAACGUACUAGGUGUGCAAGGCGCACUCCUCAGCCACUUCAUCGAGCCUAUUUACUUCCACAGCAUCGUUCUCGGCAGCCUGUUAAACCCAAGUCACAUGUAUCGCGCGGUUUGUGGACGUAUUGAGAAUACGAUUCAGGGUUUACCGCCCCCAUACAGGCUGAAUAAGCCCCUUAUGAGUCUUAUUACAUCGUCCGAGGUCAGACAACCUGGCAAAGCACCGAAUUACAGUGUCAAUUGGACUACAGGUCAGAACGAAGCCGAGGUCAUCAAUUGCACGACCGGUAAAGACGAGCUUGGAAAACCCUCGAGAAUCUCGAAACAGGGCUUGUUUCGCAUGUUUUACAAUCUUCUCGGUCGCAUCAGCACUAUUGAUGAUACUGACAGAAAUCAAUGCCGUCAUUAUCUUGAUGCCAAAUUGUCCGUACAAGAUUAUUCGCACGCCAAGCGUCAACUGAAGGACGCGUUCGUACGUGCGGAGUUGGGAAGUUGGGUAAAGAAGCCAAUCGAGCAGGACAUGUUCGAGGUCGACAUCUGACUAGUUAAGGGAGAAUCAGUAUCUCCGAAAGCUACGACGGAGAAGAUAAAAUCGCGGUCAUCGGUGUACGUAGUUCCUAGCGCAAAAUAGAUCGCUCGCCCGGUGUGUCAUAACGCGGCAGAAUUUGGCAUCAGUAAAGCAUAAAUCGUAGGGAUCUCAUCCGCGAUAAAUUAGUUCGUUACGAUAAUCGAGGUUGAAAUUCGGAGGUCAAAACAAUAGGAGAAUGGGAUAGUAAUGGGGAUUGGAAAGUUGAAGGUUCGUAAGAAUUUCGUACGUGAACUCGUACGUAUGGAAAAAAAUACAUAUAUAUAUAUUAUAUAUAUGCAAACACGAACAUACAAUUUUAUUGAGACGGAAAGAUUUUACAUUCGCGAAUGUAUAGCCGAGGGCAUUUUUUCCCAACGAACAUAGAUUCACGAGGAUAAGUACAGGAGAAUGAAUCGAGAAAGCCACUCUUGAAACAGGAAGAAGAAAAAUCAAUGUGUGCUUCCUUCUUACGGAUGGUCGAACGAGAUCAUUUAGCUGAUAAAAUCUGCUCGUCUGUUGCGAUAAGAGGGAUCAAUUUCAUAGGACGAAGAGUGAAAGAAAUAGGGAAACACACAAAAAAAAAGACAAUGGUGGAAUUCCUCGAUUACGCGCUUCGAAAUGUAAUCUAUAAUGAACUAGAGUAUUACGUCGGUUGACACGACAUCAUCAUAGACUGGUAGGGUGAUAAGGUACGAACGAAAAGACACGAAGUAGACAGGAAGAUGAAUCGCUGCACACACAGGUAUAAAAAAAACAACAGCAACACACACACACACACACAGACACGUAUUUACAAAAUGCAUGGUUAAUAUCCUUAGCAUAAGAAAAAUUUUGAGUUUCGUCUGCAGUUGAAUUCGACGAGGAACGCGUAGCGGCCUUAAGAAUUUGACGUUUUCAUUUUUGGACAGUUUUACGUGUGGAAAUGACGCGACGAAAGGAAACGCUUGAACGCGAUUAAGCACAUAUCCCUCCUUCCUCUUUUUCUCCCAACCCUCGAACGUUUUCCCUUCUUUGAAAAAGCGAAAGGUUAAACGAAAAAGGUUGAAAGCCAAUAUUAACUCGGUUUUUAUAAGUGUUUUUUUGGUCAAUCAACAAUUAAACGAGUCGAGGCGCGAAUUUUUAUUUUCUAUGCUGUGACGAGUAUGAAGAACGCUGAUUCGAACACACAUACAGACACAAUAUAAACCCGGGAACCUUUCCAACCAAGCUUGCGAAAAAAAAGAGGAAAAAAAACGUUAUUCCAACGCUGCCAACCACCUGAGACGUGAAAAGGGUCGGCUGGCAGCGGAAGCGGUCUUGCAUCCCUUUGUCUAGAGAAAAAAAUCCAUAUUACUCUCCCCCGUCCUUCCCCCCAACCGCCGGGCGCCUCCACACUCGGUCGCGCGAUCUCCAUUUUUUUUCAUCUCUUUUUCUUAUUGUCUCGUUGGGCAAGGGAAAAACGUUAACUAGCCCGCAGAUCCACGUAUACAUGGGCCGAUGAGCGUAAUCGUCGUCCUCGUCGUCGUCGUGGAGUAAAAUAUACGCCCCCACCCCCCUUGUUCCCCCCUCCCUCUCGAAGGCUGUGACCGUAAAAACCGAUCGAGAAGAGCGAAAAGUGUUCUUGUAGACCGGAAUAAAGACGUCUUUCAGCGUCGUCGAACGAUACCUCGACGGCUGGGACGAAAAAAACGUUAACAAAAAUAAUACAAAAAUUUUAAGAUAUUCGCGCGUCAUCUUUUUCCCCCCGUGGUGACACACAAAACUCGAUCAAAGACUUGUUAUUCGAAAACAAUUUAUAUUUAUAGAUUUUACAAUGUUUUUUCAACACUCAUCGGUAUCAAAAUUCCAAUCUUAGCAUUAUUUUACUUCUUUCUAUCGUUUCGUUUUUUUAGGAUAACAUUGCCGGAAUUGUCGAAUAUUUGGAGGUUCACCAUUGGAGGAAAGAGAUCACUCGCCGAUCAAUCUGAUUAGUAUUCGUAUUGUUAAGUUCGAUAGAGCGACCAAGUUUGUAGGUGCGCAUGGGUUUUAGAAGCGAAUCUGCGAACGAGAGAGAACGAAAGUUAUUUAGAUCGAUCGAUAGAUGUAGAUAUUACGUGUGUAUAUAAGUAAAUAAACAAAUAAUUAAAUAUGUACGUAUUUGUGAAUUUGCGUACGUACAUGCAUAUUUAUUCAUUUGUUUAUUUAUAUAUAUGCAUAAAUAAAUACAUGCAUUAUUUGUGGUCAUAAUGGUAAACCGCAUCGAGACUCCUGAGAUCAUUGCCUCACUAUGUCAGUAUUUUCAUUAAUGCGAUUCUGCCGUAGUGACACACUGCCCGAUGCUGCUCCACUUUUGCGAAACGGGUCUCGACAGUUUCUCCGAGCUGUAGAGUCCCGAGGAUGUGAAAGAAAAUAUAAUAAACGAUUCAACAAUAAGCAUAAUUAUUAGAACGAGUCACAAAAUAAUGUGUAGAGCGAAAAAAAGAAAAUGAAUCGAAACAAUUGACACGAUGCUCACUGCACUAUAAAUUCAUUUUUUAUCACUGAGAUAUAUCUACAUAUAUUCUCUAAUAUCCAAAGAAUUUAGGCACACAAGUCUUAUCUUCCAAAUGGGCUACGAAUACUUAUCGAUCGCGCCAACAUCGGUGAGAAACGAUUCAGUGAAGUUUAAGAAGGGAUUAAACAACAAUGCGAGUUGUUAUUUAAGUCAGUAUCUUGGUUUUAUUUUCCUUAAGUAUUUCAUAAGUUGGGUUUCCGUGCCAAUUUUUGUAGCAUAGAAAAAAAGAAACGGUGAAAAAAAAAACGAUAACGAUGGAAGAAAAAAAAGACAGUUGCUCAUCAGUCGUAAGUUUUCGAGCUCCCUCUCAAAUAUUUGCCAUUUUCAUUCACCACUCUUCAUAGAAGAUUACAUAAUAAUGGAAAAUCGUAAGGAUUCCUCCCAGUAAUAAUGAAUAAAUCGUUAGUAAAAAAUAAUCAAUUUUAAAGAAGCAAAAUUUACGUUCACUUCAUCAUGUAUAUUGCUUACUGGUUUUUAACGUUCGGUCAUCGUACCCACCGAACACGCUCACGCAUUAUUGAAAAGCGAGUUGUACGAGUCUAGAUAUGCUUCCUUCCCAAAAGUGUAAAAAUAAGUCAGAAAACGUCCUUCGUCUUUGAAUUUCAUCAUGCUCGACCGAUCGAAUAUCAAUUCAAGUCGUUUUAUUUACAAUCUUGGAAUGACGAGUUGAAAAAUAACAAAAAAUAAUAAUACUUGACAAAGUGGAAUUAAAACGAAAAAGAAAAAAUCGAAAAAAAUAACAAAUAAUAAUAAUAAUAAUAAUAAUAAUAGUGAGUAAAAAGUAUUACGAGGGAAGCAAAGACAAAUUGAGUGAGAGACACACGAAAAAAAGGAAUCUGAUUUUAUAGUACUCGAUUCUAAUAUAUCAUUACUGUCCCGUAUAUUAAGCGGAAAUAUUUAUUACGCACCAACUUCGAUGACAAUUAUUGUCGCUGGCCAGAGAAAAACACCCUUCACUUGAAGACACUUACACACAUAGAACAGAAUAACAAAAGAUACAGCGAGAAAGUUGAUAAAAGAAAACGAGAAAACUAAUAAAAAGAUUUAGUUGUUUGAAUUAGUCGUUAGUCACUUGACUUACUACCAAAAAUAAUAAAAAACAAAAAAACUAAACUUUUCAAAUCGAAUAGAUUUAAUCGCCCUCCAAUCGUUUGCGAUGAAAAGAUGGUGGGUGAAUAAAAAACAACAACAAAAUUUAUCGUUAAGACACAACCACAAAUGUAACAGAAAUAGAGAAGGAAGAAAUGAAUAAUAAUACAAUAUCAGUGAGCUCUUGGAUCGUAAUUCAAGCAAUCGUACAUCGACUAAUUAAACGUAGACAGUUUUUAAAUUUUAAGCUUGAAUAGUGCCUCUAGUUAUACAUUCUACUGGGAAGUUAUCUAGUCCGCUCUCGAAUACCAAUAAACCGUUGUUUAAUAGUGAACAAACAAAAAAUAAAAAUAAAAAAAAAAACAAACAAACAAACAAGAAAGCGAUAAAAAUAAACAAAAUGAAACUCGUCACUCGAUUCUCCGAAAUAAAGAUUUGGGAAAAUUCAGCUCAA